UGUGGCCUUGGGCUGGGACACUCCGGGCCCGGCCUGAGGGCGGUGCCGGUACCAUGAGCCCCGCCAGGGCCACAGAGGAGAGCCCUGGGGGAGACGCGAGGAGGACGCCCACGGCCAAGGAUGCUUUUAGAGACAUUUCCAUAUACUUCUCCAAGGAAGAGUGGGCAGAGAUGGGAGAGUGGGAGAAAUUCCGAUACAGGAACGUGAAAAGGAACUAUGAGGCGCUGGUCGCUAUAGGUCUCAGAGCCCCCCGCCCAGCUUUCAUGUGUCACCGCAGGCAGGCCAUCAAAGCCCAGGUGGAUGACACUGAGGAUUCUGAUGAGGAAUGGACACCUAGGCAGCAAGUCAAACCUCCUUGGGUGGUCUCCAGAGUGGAGCAGAGUAAACACCAGAAGGGAACACCCAGGGCACCACUAAAUAAUGAAUCUAGUUUGAAGGAAGUGUCAGGAACAGAAAUUUUGCUGAGCACAGCUGGCUCAGAGCAGGCCCAGAAGCUGGUGUCAUCUCCUGGAGAAGCAAGUACCUCUGAUCAACACUCAAGACAGAAACUGGAGCCCAGGAGAAAGGAGGUCGAGGUGAAGAUGUACAGCCUGCGAGAAAGAAAGGGCCUCGCGUACCAGGAGGUUGCUGAGCCCCAGGAUGACGACUACCUUUACUGUGAGAAAUGUCAGAACUUCUUCAUCGACGCCUGUGCAGUUCAUGGGGCCCCAACAUUUGUAAAGGACAGUCCUGCGGACAGGGGGCACCCCAAUCGCUCAGCCCUCACUCUGCCCCCUGGGCUGGGAAUUGGGCCAUCUGGCAUCCCCAAGGCUGGGCUUGGAGUAUGGAACGAGGCAUCUGAGCUGCCACUGGGCGUGCACUUUGGCCCCUAUGAGGGCCAGGUGACAGAAGACGAGGAGGCAGCCAACAGCGGCUACUCCUGGCUGAUCACCAAGGGAAGGAACUGCUAUGAGUAUGUGGAUGGAAAGGACGAAUCUUGGGCCAACUGGAUGAGGUAUGUGAACUGCGCCCGGAAUGAAGAGGAGCAGAACCUGGUGGCCUUUCAGUACCACAGGCAGAUCUUCUACCGGACCUGCAGCACCAUCCAACCUGGCUGUGAGCUGCUGGUCUGGUAUGGGGACGAGUACGGCCAGGAGCUGGGCAUCAAGUGGGGCAGCAGGUGGAAGAAGGAGCUCACCUCAGGGACAGAGCCAAAGCCAGAGAUCCAUCCAUGUCCCUCCUGCCCUCUGGCCUUCUCCAGUCAGAAAUUCCUCAGCCAACACGUGAAGCACCGUCACCCCUCUCAGCCCUUCUCUGGAACACCUGCAAGGAAACACCUCCAACCAGAGGACCCCCGUCCAGGGGAUCAGAGGCAGCAGCAUUCUGAACGCACCCAGAAUGACAAAGCAGAAGAUCGAGAGACAGGAGAUGGGUCCAAACGGGUGUUUGAAAGGACAAGGGAGGGGGAGACUUCAAAGGUCGACUCCAGCCUACCCAAAGGACAAAUAGGGAGUUCUAGGGAGGGUAACAGAAUGAUGGAGACAGAGCCUAGCCCAGGCCAGAAAGUGAAUCCUGAGGACACAGAGAAAUUACUCCUGGGAGUAGGAAUCUCAAGAAUUGUAAAAGUCAGGCAUGGAGAGUGUGGACAAGGCUUUAGCCAGAAGUCAGUCCUCAUCACACACCAGAGGACACACUCAGGGGAGAAGCCCUAUGUCUGCAGGGAGUGUGGGCGAGGCUUUAGCNNUAAGUCAAACCUCAUCACACACCAGAGGACACACUCAGGGGAGAAGCCCUAUGUCUGCAGGGAGUGUGGGCGAGGCUUUAGUGUAAAGUCAAGCCUCAUUGGGCACAGAAGGAAAUGCGGCCACCACACACCUCCACCUCCCCAGCUCUGA